CCCGGGCACCUGCAGAGACCCGCCUCAGUGCUGCCAGUCGCCUGCUCAGCACCGGCCACCCGAUGGCACCCGAGAUGGACCAGUUCUACAGGUCCACCAUGGCCAUCUACAAGAGCAUCCUGGAGCAGUUUAACCCCGCCCUGGAGAACCUGGUGUAUCUGGGCAACAAUUACCUCCGGGCCUUUCAUGCGCUGUCCGAGGCCGCGGAGGUGUACUUCAGAGCCAUCCAGAAGAUCGGGGAGCAGGCCUUGCAGAGUCCCACCUCGCAGAUUCUGGGGGAAAUCUUGGUGCAGAUGUCGGACACCCAACGGCACCUGAACUCAGACCUGGAGGUGGUGGUGCAGACAUUCCACGGUGACCUGCUACAGCACAUGGAGAAGAACAGCAAGCUGGACAUGCAGUUCAUCAAGGACAGCCGCCAGCACUAUGAGAUGGAGUACCGCCACCGAGCUGCCAACCUGGAGAAGUGCAUGUCCGAGUUGUGGCGCAUGGAGCGCAACAGGGACAAGAACGCGCGGGAGAUGAAGGAGAGCGUCAACCGGCUGCACGCACAGAUGCAAGCCUUCGUGUCCGAGAGCCAGCGCGCAGCUGAGCUGGAGGAGAAGAGGCGCUACCGCUUCCUGGCCGAGAAGCACCUGCUGCUCUCUAACACCUUCCUGCAGUUCUUUGGCCGGGCCCGGGGGAUGCUCCAGAACCGCGUGCUGCUGUGGAAGGAGCAGUCGGAGGCCAGCCGCAGCCCGACGCGCGCCCACUCCCCGGGCCUGCUGGGCCCGGUGCUGGGGCCGCCCUACCCCUCGGGCCGCCUGACGCCCACCCGCCUGGACAUGCCCCCCAGGCCUCUGGGAGAGUUCGGCUCCCCCCGCAGCCGGCACGGCUCCGGCUCCUACGGUCCUGAGCCCGCCGAGGCGAGGUCCGCGUCCCAGCUAGAGCCAGACCGCCGGUCUCUGCCCCGGACGCCGUCGGCCUCCUCGCUGUACACCAGCAGCUCCCAGCGCUCGCGCUCUAACUCCUUCGGCGAGCGCCCAGGCGGUGGCGUUGGCGGCGGGGGCGCCAGAAGAGUCCGCGCCCUGGUCUCCCAUUCCGAGGGCGCCAACCACACGCUGCUGCGCUUCUCGGCCGGAGACGUAGUGGAGGUGCUAGUGCCCGAGGCCCAGAACGGCUGGCUCUACGGCAAGCUGGAGGGCGCGUCCGCGAGCGGCUGGUUCCCCGAGGCCUAUGUGAAGCCCUUAGAGGAAGCGCCCGUGAGCCCCAGGAACCCUUUGAGCCCCAUGACCUCCGUGAACCCCGUGAACGAGCUGCCUGCCAGGUCCUACCCGCUCCGAGGCAGCCACAGCCUCGAUGACCUCCUGGACCGGCCAGGCGGCUCCACAGCGUCCUCCGAGUACUGGGAUGGCCAGUCCCGCUCCCGCACCCCGAGCAGGGUCCCAAGCCGCGCCCCCAGCCCUGCACCCACACCCUUGCCUGGCAGCCGCCGAAGCAGUACGGGGGGAGCCAAUGACGUCAAGAAGCUGAUGUCCUGGGAGCAGCAGCCCCCCGAGCUCUUCCCGCGGGGCACAAACCCCUUUGCCACCGUGAAGCUGCGUCCCACGGUCACCAAUGACCGCUCGGCACCCCUCAUCCGCUGAGGUGCCUUCCUCCUCGGGUGGAGGUCGGCCGCACCCCUGCCGGGAGCCGUCGGGUGCCGGCGGCAGCAGCAGCCGUGGAUCCAAGACCUGGAGCCCUGACGCCCAGGGUGGUGUCCUUCCCCACCGGCCCUCGACCUGGGCCUGCAGAGCAGAGCAGGCGGCACUGGACGGAGCGAUUUCCUCCUCCGAGGGGCCGGGACUCUCGGCGCGACCCCUGGACCCGCUGCCCCGCCUCUGCCGGCGGGGAGGAGCCCCCUGUCGUCCCCGCCCCGGGCCCAGUUCGCUGUU